ACCGCAGAGGAGGGUGGGGUAGGGGGUGCUCUGUAGACCAGCCUCCGGACGUCCUCUUUCCAUGGGAAGGCAGGAAGAGAGCCAGAGCAGCUGUUUAGGAAAGCCCAGACUGAUUUUGCAGUGAAGAUGUCCAGGCUGAGUCUGUGGCGGAGCCCCGUGACGCUUCCCUGGUCUUGGAUCGAGGAGCAGACGGCUUCAGGCGUGCGCUGCAACAGCAGCAUGCCGGUGAUCCGACACUCGUACUCGGAGAGCAGCACCAGCAUCGUCAGACCUUUCAGUGAGAUUCCCGGACUGUGGAAGAACGGGCUGGGCAACCUGUACAACUUCUGGAAACAGGAUGGCUUCAGGAACCUUCACCGCAUCAUGCUGCAGAACUUCAACACCUUUGGGCCCAUUUACAGAGAGAAAAUAGGUUAUUAUGAAAGUGUCAACAUCAUCAAACCAGAAGAUGCUGCGAUCCUCUUCAAAGCUGAGGGGCAUCAUCCCAAAAGACUGAAAGUUGAAGCGUGGACGUCAUACAGAGACUACAGGAACCGCAAAUAUGGAGUUCUGCUGAAGAACGGCGAAGACUGGAGGUCAAACCGGGUGAUUCUUAACAAGGAGGUGAUUUCUCUUAAGAUGCUGGAAAACUUUGUGCCCCUGCUGGAUGAUGUAGGCCAGGAUUUUGUCACCCGAGUUCACAAAAAGAUAACGAGAAGUGGUCAGAACAAGUGGACCACUGACCUGUCUCAGGAGCUCUUCAAAUAUGCACUAGAAUCUGUGAGUUCGGUGCUGUACGGGGAGCGUCUGGGUCUGAUGCUGGACUACAUCGACCCUGAAGCUCAGCAUUUUAUCGACUGCAUCACUCUCAUGUUCAAAACUACCUCACCGAUGCUGUACAUCCCCCCUGGGCUGCUGAGGCAGACUAGGUCUAGGGUGUGGCGGGACCACGUGGAGGCUUGGGAUGGGAUAUUUAACCAAGCGGAUCGCUGCAUCCAGAACAUCUACAGGCAGCUGCGUCAGGAGACGGACACCUCCGAGAAAUACCCAGGAGUCCUGGCUAGUCUCCUCCUGCUGGACAAGCUGUCCAUUGAGGACAUCAAGGCCAGUAUCACUGAGCUAAUGGCCGGAGGAGUGGACACAACAUCUAUAACUCUGCUGUGGACGCUGUAUGAAUUAGCCAGGCACCCGAACCUGCAGGAGGAGCUGAGGGCAGAGGUGGCUGCGGCUCGGGCUGCAAGUCAGGGAGACAUGCUGGAGAUGCUGAAGAAGAUCCCUUUGGUCAAAGGAGCUCUGAAGGAAACACUGAGGUUACAUCCAGUCGCUGUGAGCUUGCAAAGAUACAUUGCAGAGGACAUAAUAAUUCAAAACUACCACAUCCCAGCUGGGACUUUGGUCCAGUUAGGACUGUACGCGAUGGGCAGAGACCCCAAGGUGUUCCUCCGCCCGGAGCAGUACCAACCGUCUCGCUGGCUGAGGACCGAGACGCAGUACUUCAGGAGCCUGGGCUUCGGCUUCGGGCCCCGGCAGUGUUUGGGACGUAGAAUAGCCGAGGCCGAGAUGCAGAUCUUCCUGAUCCACAUGCUUGAAAAUUUCAGAGUUGAGAAGCAGCGCAACGUGGAAGUGCAGAGCACCUUCGAGCUCAUCCUUCUACCAAACAAGCCCAUAAUACUGACUCUGAAGCCUCUACAAGGGAGUCGGUAACAUGAAGACUUAAAAAAACAAAUAUCUAAGGUACAGUUUGUCUUUUGCCCUCGGAUGUAAAGGGCUUCAGAGCAAUAUAAACACAAAGUCCAAAAACUGUUGAUGAAAAGUAAGAAAAAAAAGGCAAAACAUGCACGAAACUGUUACCUCUGAUUUAAUUGUAUAUAUCUUAGUCAACAAACUGGUUUAAAUAUGGUGACUUGGAAUAUAAAAACUGGAAGUCCUUGUAAACAUGAAAUAUAUUUAAAAAUUACACAUAUCUGUAUAAACCUGUAAAGAAUAAACUGUUUAACUGAUGCAAAAUAUGUGUUUUAAUGAAAUUAUUUAAAGUUUUGUAACAAAAAUUCUCCCAAGUUCUCAUGUUACUUUGAGAUUUCAGAGAUAACGUGUCAAAAUUAGCUUUGCAUGUUAACUUAAAACCGGUGAAAGGUUAAAAACUUUACCUUGUGUAUGUGUGUGUGUUUUCACUUACAGGGUUAACACAACUCAUUAAUGCCAGUGCUGGCUCAACAUUUGGCUAAAUAGUCAGAGUUUUACAGAUUUUAGUGCUUUCUGAGGUCAGUUGUCUGUGGCGUCCAUCUUUAAUUAGCUCAUGUACAUCUAGAGAUCCUUAUAUGAGUUUUUCAUUAAAAUCCAGCCAGCGGUUCCUGGGAUAUUUAGUUACCAGGACAACCAGAGUUCAUCAAUUAUCACUCACUUUUAGUAAGAAUCCAAGCUUAUAAAGAGCCUUUCAGUGUAACUUUAGCUCUUUAGUGAGAUUACAUGUACUGUCUGUCCAGAGAUGUUUGUUCAUGGUCCUUAUCUCCAAGGAUCAUCAUGGCCAUGGUAACAACCUUCAGCUUGUGCCCAUCGAAGAUUUUCAGGUGUGAUUUGAGUAUUUCUUUAAUCCCAGAAACCAUUUAUUUACCCCUUCAUUAUCAGAUAUUUACAGACUCGUAAAUGUGAUAUUUUAUGGUGGGAGAGGAGAUAUAUUUGCUGGUGAAUCUUCCUUUAGGCCACAAUCAUGUGGUUCAGCACCACUCUUUAUCCAUCCAUCCAUUUUCAUCUGCUCAUCCAGGGUCAGGUCAUGGGAGCAGCAGCCUAAGCAGAGAGGCGCAGACUUCCCUCUCCCCAGCCACUUGGACCAGCUCCUCCGGGGGAAUCCCAAGGCGUUCCCUGGCCAGCUGAGUCCCUCCAGUGUGUCCUGAGUCUUCCCUUUAAUUUCCUUGUAACAGCUGAAGUUCUUUUGCAUUCAAACGUGGUUUUUGUUAUUUUUCUUGCUUUUUUAAUAAUACAUUUUAGAAUGGCUUCUUGAAUUUUCAGACUGUAAAUUGAACAUUUUGAAAUAAAAUGUCCUACUUAGUUACAAAAAGCUG